GCCCGGAAGCUGCUUCGGGGAAAGGGGGCGCCGCGCCUGCCGGACCCCGCAGCCUCCCUUCCUCCCGCGGGAAGCGCCCCGGACGGAGCCUCUGCCGGGAGGGCGGCGCGGAGAGGGGCGCGGGCGGCGGAGGAGCAGGGCCCGGCCUGCAGGGCUGCUGCUGUCCAGUUGCUUCGUUGGCCUGGGGGCACCUGGUGGUGGGCUGUGCACAGAACCGAGCCGGAGCCCGUGAUGGUGGGAGCCAUCCCCCGGCAGCCGCGCCGCUUCUGGGGAGUGGCCGGGUGGCAGGUGUCCCCAGCCAGCUUCACCAGUCACCGUCGGCCGCUGCAGCAGGAGGACACGCCGGCCAGGGGACGGGACCCCGUGCAGUGGGAUGUGGCUCUGCAGCCCACUUCCUAGCAGGGGAUUCGGCCGGACGCCCUGACCACGCAGCACUUUAGCGCCUGUCCUCCCCCUCGGCCCCAUGAGGCACCUGAGUGCUGAGCCUGGACUUCCCCGCAAGCAGAGCACAGGCCUGAGCCAGGAGCAGCAGCAGCAGCAGCAGGAGGAGGAAGAGGAGGAGGAGGAGGAGGAGGAGCAGCUGCAGCCGCAGCAGCAGCAGCCCUGGAAGCACCAUGGCCUCCGGAUGGGCUGCAGUCCGCCAGAGCUGGGCAGCCAGAAGGUCUACCAGGUCUCCAUCUUUUCUCCCCGGGGCAGCGGCUCUGCCCUCCCGCAGCACAGGGACCCCCGACGGCAGCCCAUCAAGCGGGCCUGCCCGGAGCCCCGGUGGGUGGCCGAGGGCGGCGAGUGGGAUGCCAAGAGGGGCCACUGGGGGACGGCGGAGGAGGUGGAGGAGGAGGAGGAGGAGGCCAUCGAGGAUGGGCUCCUGGUGGACGGGCUGGCCCUGGGGGGCGCCGCCCAGCACUUCUCCCACAGCGGCCUGCGAGUCGUAGAGCACCGGCAGGAGGUCGGUCCCGGCCAGCGCGGAGGCCGGGAGCCUGGAGCUGCUGAGGGCCGGGGGGAAGCCCUGCUGGCGCCCGGCAGGCUUUGCGCCACUUUGCACACGAGAGACUCAGCCCCCGUCUUGUGCGGGGAGCAGCCCGCCAUGGACUCCAGGCCAGAAAAGAACGGGGGGCCCCGUUUCCCACACGACCACGAUUUGCACAGCCCUGCAUCCCCGUCCCGCCCACCAGGGCCGCCGUCCCCGGAGGCCCAGGCACCCAACACUCCACCCAAGGCCCCCAGCCUCAGCAGCGCCAAUGGGCUCUGCUCGGCCGAGAAGACGCCCUGCUCCAGCGGCCAGCUCUUGGGAGGCGGCCCAGCCAGCUGCCCGGCCAAGAGGAAGCUGCUGCCCUCGGUUGAAGGGAGGGCAACCACCGCCGGCCUGGAGGAAGAGAGCCUUCUACCAGCACGCAAGAAGAGGGCCCUGCACUCCCCCACCAUGCCAGCCUCCUGCCGCAGUACCGAUGCCAAGGGCGCCCCCUUCUGGAACCACCUCCUUCCCGCAGCCAAGGGCUCAGCAAGCGGCAGGACGGGCGCUUCCCAGCUGAGACCGGGCCUGCACCUCAAACCCAGGAGGAGGCAGCUGCGCAGCAGCCCCGGAAGGGCCCUUGUGGGCAGGCGGCCCCCCAGCACCUCCACCAGCCACGCCCUUCUGGGGAAUUUUGAGGAGUCGAUGCUGAAGGGGCGUUUCCCACCCUCCGGCCGGAUCGAGGGCUUCACUGCAGAGAUUGGGGCCAGUGGCUCCUACUGCCCGCAGCACGCCACCCUGCCUGUGGAGGUCACCUACUUCGACAUAGCCGAGCACAACGCCCCCUCCCCGUUUCUGGGAGUCAUUGACUUGGAAGCCUUGGGAAAGAAGGGGUACAGCAUCCCCAGAACGGGCACCAUCCAAGUGACCUUAUUCAACCCCAAUAAGACGGUGGUCAAGAUGUUCCUGGUGACCUACGACUUCCACGACAUGCCUGCCAACCACGUCACCUUCCUGCGCCAUCGCAUCUUCCUGGUGCCGGUGGGUGAGGGGGAGGCCCCUGGCUCGGAUCUCGCAGGGCAGCCCAAGCGGGUCCUUUGCUAUCUGAUGCACCUGAGGUUCCACAGCUCCAAGUCGGGGAAGAUCUACCUGCACGACAACAUCCGGCUGCUCUUCUCGCGCAAGUCGAUCGAGAUGGACUCUGGGAUCCCUUACGAGCUGAAGUCCUUCACGGAACUUCCGCGCAACCCCUGCUACUCCCCCCGGGCUUGAAGGAGGGAGCGGGGGAGCAGCAGCAGCAGCAGCAGCCCUUUGCCCAAGCCAGCGGUGGGGAGGGGGGGGCAGGGGGCUGCAGACGCUGCUUCUUCCGUGCAGCGGUGGCCACUCUGGAGCAGGGAGACCCUUGCCUGGCCCAGAGCUGCCUUUCACUCAUUGGAUCCAGCCCAGCCGGGAUCACAAACGCAGCACAAUUCUGUGCA